GAAUUAUUUUGACACUUUGCUGUUUUUUUAAAGAUUUUUUGAAAAAUAUUAAUUAAGUACAAUUAAGUACUAAAUAGAACAAAGUGUUAAAUAGACGAUCUCUAAGAUAAGGUUUGUAUAUUUAAAAUGUGGGUGUUGUGGACAAAGAAAGCUAUUAAAAACUUCACAUUCAAAUGCAGACUUAACAACGUGUUUUAUAAGCACGUUCUUUAAACAGGUCGAAAGACUUUCAAAAUUUAUUAUCAUGUUUAUCAGUGAUGUUUAAGGAACUACAUACUGCGUACGGUGCAUAGAGAGAAAUUACUUUUUGGAUUAAAGUUUAUCACAAAAAGAAACCAGUGAAGAACAUGUUGCUGAAGCAUUGAUUAAAAGAUACGGUUAUGUUCGAUGGAUUUAUUUUGAGUGCAUUUACACGAUACAGAUUUUAUUUCAUCGCAAACAUUUUGUCACCAGGAUCGUUACUGUAGUUGUGUGCUAUUCAGUGACAGCUGAUGUAUUUUGUAUCCAAAAAAAAUGCUGAAAAUGUCGCCCUACUAAGGGGUAGACUUCCUUGUUAGUUCACUUGAGUGUUGAUUUACAAUAUAUAUAAUAGAUGUACAAUAUAUCAGAUGUAUAAUACCAUAUUUGGUGUGUGAUAUUUUAAUAAAUAAGGAUAUAUUGAAUUACACAGAAAUUGCUUGCUCAUAUAACAUGCUAAAUUGUGUCACCAUAUAUGGGAAUUAAAAGAAUAUUGCCAUUUACUCAGUUACUAUAAUGGCCUUCAGUACACGGAAUUAUUCGUAACUGCAAUAUCAUUACGCAGAGAGAUGCUCAGUCAUAGCGUUUGUCUCUCGAUGGUGAUAAAUUUAUCGGAUGCCAUUAUAUUUGUAUUUUACGACUCCUUUAAUGCUGCUUGUCACGAUGCAAAGUUGAUGAAUUUUAGCGGCACUAUAGUGAGAACUUUUAAUUGACCUGGAUUUUAAAAAAUGUGCGCAGAAGAAACAGAUUAUUUGCAGACUGAAAAUGAAAAAAGAAUAACUGAAUACUGAAAGGUUUACAGUAAAUUGUUUGUCAAUAGCUUUUGUCAUUGAUGAAAUGGAUAGAGAAGAACGAGAAUAUUGAGUAUAAAUCAAAGUUGAUGAACAAAUACAGUGUAAUUUUUGUGUACACAUCUGAAUUAAAAUUUGAAAAAUGAAUACAGUGUGAACUCUGGAAAAAUCACGCAUUCAAUGCUGGCGGACAGAUAUCUACUAGAUGAAGAGCAGUGGCGGACAAUGGUUGGGGACGUUUAUAGUUGCUAUGGCAACCAAAGAUGCAGACAACAUUUUCGUAAGAACAAGUGUUGUGUUCAUGUGUGGAGUUAUUACAAAGAUUUUUUCAGCGAGAGCUACUUCGCAGUGAAGGGAGCUGCGCUGAUCUUGCCACAAAAUGAUGAAACCGUCUACACUCGACGCCAUAACAAAAACCAUGCCGGUGACGACAUACAAAUGCAUCUACAAGCCAUGUUCAGUCUUCUUCGGCCCUCUGAUACAAUCAAAGUGGCGGUCAAAUUGGAAGGUGAACACACACGUUACCUGGCGGUCGUAUCAUGUAUCGGUCGUCAGGACACAGAGGAAUCGGUCAUCCUCGGAAUCGACAUUCUUGAGCAAGCCUCCGUCGGCCUCAUAUUGCCUGUUUGGGCUCACACAGAGAUCUCGCUGGAUGGGGAUGGGGGUUUCACCAUCAAGAUCGAGAAUAACACCCAUGCAUUUAAACCUGUCUCUGUUCAGGCCAUGUGGUCAGCAUUACAAAGCUUAAACAAAGUGGUGAAGAUCGCAAAAGACAUGCUCUACAUUCCGCGCGGCCUGACACACACGUGGGUGGGGUAUUAUGAGGGGCUACUCUCGAAAGAGUCUUAUCUCGUUUCUGAAUGGACUGCCUGCAAGGAUCGUGACCUAUCCUACAGAGCUGAUCCUAAAUUACGUACAGAAUUUUCCGGUCGCCUGCUCCGUCGUACCCAGUCCACUCCUGUAACAUCGAAUAUGAACACCUACCAGCAAGAAGAAGAUAUAUAUCGGGUGAUCAAACAUGAGUUGAAGAAUGUUAUGAUGGAGGUCGACCUUGAAGAAGUGACCUGCAUCUUUCUGCGCAAGGCAGUUGAGGCAAAAUUAGGCCGCGACCUGAAGGAGUAUCGAAGCUUCAUCGACGCGCAGAUGAUGGAGAUCCUAGGACAAAUGGACGCCCCGUCCAAGAUUCUCGACCACCUCUACCUGGGAUCUGAAUGGAACGCUUCAAACCUGGAGGACCUGCAGAAUAAUGGUGUCCAACACAUCUUGAACAUAUCACGGGAGAUCGACAACUUCUUCCCGGGGAUCUUACACUACAUGAACGUCAGGGAGUGGGACAAUGAACAGGCAGACCUGAUGAAAUACUGGGAACACACACAUAGAUUCAUUAACAAAGCAAGGAAGAGGGGUAGCAAAGCCCUUGUUCAUUGCAAGAUGGGUAUCAGUCGAUCUGGGUCCACUGUGAUAGCUUACCUCAUGAAAGAGAAGAGAAUGUCCCUGGAAGAGGCCUUCAAUUUCACAAAAAGUAAAAGAUCCAUUGUCAACCCAAACAACGCAUUUAUGGCCCAGCUGGAGACAUACCAGGGAAUCCUCAAUGCUAAUUGGAACAAAGAGAAGUUUGAAAAUCAAGUUAUACCAAGACCACUUGCCAAGUUGGCCGAGGAGGAGAUACCACCUGUUGAGUGCUUCCAGUCACCGGAGGAUUUACUUGAAUAUAAACUAGGCAAAGAUCUUGCUGAAGGUGGUGAUCUCCCAUACCUGCACACAGAACAUGACAUUGAUAUUGCAUCUCGAAGUGCCGACUCGACUGAGGACUCCCAUGAAGACCAACUCUCACCAAAGUCUGCUGAAGACCAAGGUUCAAAAAAGUUCAAAUAUCGCAAAUCAGAUGCGGAAAAGAUGGAAAGUGGGGAUUUCAAUGAUAGUUCUGACACAGAUUCUGAAUCCACUGAAUCAGAAGAGUUUUCUUUUGGUGAAGACUUUAAAUGUGAGGAUGAUGUUAUGGUCGAUGAUGAUGAGAAAGAUGGUGCUUCAGGAUUUAAACCCAUAGAUUUGCCAGAUGUUCUUAUCGAUGCUGUGGAAGAGAGAAUGAAGCCUAGAGUAGUGGACUCUAGGAGAUGCAAGUCAGAGGGUGAUAAAGGGACUCUUGCCGUAAUUGAAAAUAUGGAUGGUGGUUUUUCAAGGGAAGGUUCAGUUUCUAAGUUUAGAGCAGAUGGUAGCUGGAUUAAACCUCCCAGUAAAGAUGACAUGAUUGAUGAUAAUGGUGAGGUUAUUGAAUUUAAUGAAGGCGUGGAUGAAGACACUAAUGACAAUGUGGCUGAUAGAUCUGAAGGAAUAUGGAUCGGGGACAAAAGUGUUGAUAAGGAACCUGAACCUAAUGAAAACAAAAAUGCAGAUUCAAUGGACAUGGAUGAAAGAGAUAUGUCUCAGGGAGAUGUGAGACAGGAUCCUUAUACUAAAGAAAAUAUAUCAUGGGAAGCUGGCUCAGUGAUAAAACAGAAAAAAGAUAUUGAGACGAAAUAUGGCUCAGGAACUGUCACUUCUGUUAAAAAGCCUGAUACAUCGAGUCCAUCCAUUGAAAUCUCAGGUGAACCAGAGAAAAAUACUCAGAAUUUAGUAAAAUCAUCAUCAAAUCCAGAGAUUACUGUUGAAAACGAAUCAGAACUUUUUAAAUUGGAGUCACAUGACCUGAGUGGCCAAUCAGAAGGCAGCAGUGGUGCUGUAAGCCAAUCAGAAAGCAGGGAUGAUGGUGAGGGAAGGAAAUCGGUGUAUGAGGUAGAAGAAAUUGACCUUCCAGAAGGCAUAGUAAGAAAAACCAGGCUGGAAAUAGAAGAGAAACAUAGAUUGUCACUCGAGAGCCCAAGAACAAAACUGAAGAGAUCUUCAAGCUUGAAAUCAAACCGUGUCACCCCAAAAGCCAGGGACCGGGAUAACGAGAGGAGAAAAACUUGCAUAGCUCUUCUCUCCCCCACCCACCCAGAUUACACAGGGCAUGGUCAGUCUGGGUUACUCAGUCCCACAUCUUGGUCACUAGGAGCUUCAUCUGCUCCAUGUCAAGCAGGAGCUCGCAUGCAUUCUUCUGAUGACUCAGAUGAAGACGAAAACCAGUCUGGUUCAGUGAAGGUUUACAAAUUCAUGGGAGAGGAAGUGACAGUUCAAGAAGGGAUGGUCAAGAAGCAGAAACAAGAUAUAGAGAAGAAAGGUUCACAUCAACUCCAAACAGCAGACACCAGUCCAUCAAGCCGUGACCGAAUUCUCCUUAAAUCGGAAAGUGUUUCCGAUUUCCGUCAUGUCCAACCAGAACAGACAGAUUCUAGUUCGAAAAUCGAUAAAUGUACAAAAUACUCCCCUGUUAGUUUUAGGCGAGAAAAAUCAUCAUCAAUUUCUGAAUCCAAUGACUCGCAAUAUUCCGGUGAAAGAUUUGAUCAUAAUUUAAAUUCAAGAAGCAAUUCCUUUAGUAGGAAGGAUUCAUUCACAAGCAAAGAUUCGUUUGGAUGCUCCCCUCCUAGCGGAUCUAGUUAUCCUUUGAAUAAUGUAACUCCUCCAAGAAAACAGUCAGUGACUAAACAGAAAAGCCGAUUUGAUCCGGAAACUUUGGCCUUAAUUCGCGAGAUUGGUUCAGCUUUGUUAAACAGUCCUGCUAAAGCUGAAUUAGAAGAUGACGAUGAUGUGGAUUUGAAAGAGGGUGAAAGCCUCGUUAGUCACUAUGUUAAAAAAAUUGAGAAGACCUCAAAGGUUACUCCACGGAAAUCUAAACGAGAGAUUAUAAUAAUUGAUAAGAUUGACUCAGGUAGUGAGAAAGGUAAAUCUCAGUUGGCGAGCCGGACAUCUCCAGUUUCAAAGAAACAUGACACUGAUGAAGUGCCAUCAAAAUGGAGCCCUUUGUCGAAAAGACCUUCUUUCUCAACUAUUUCUCCUGAAGGAAAACGAAGUCAAACUACAAAGGAAUGUGAUAAUUACACGCAAUCUCCUGUACGCAAUAAGACUGAGAAUAAUAUUUGUGUAAAUAAAUUUCAGAAUGUUUCUGAUACUCACCAUGAGGAAUCUAUUAUGUCAUUGAACUUACAACAGUCAGAUUUGAGCGAUAGUUCUAGCAAUAAGGCAACUCAUGAUGAUAAUAGUGACUCAAGCGAGGUUUGCUCAGUAAAAGACUUGUGCGGAAAGUUUGAAAUACCAGAUCCAGGUGCUUUGAAGGUGUCGCCAAUUGUUAGUCCUUCGGGCAUUUCUCCAGUGUUUUCUGGUGCUAAACUUGAUUUAAAAGGUGUUGAAAUAAAAUCCUCAUCUCCGCAUUUACCUUUACUUACCUCUGAAGGUCAUGAUAGUGUCAAAGGUCAAGGUCAAAUUGGGACAAUUUUGCCCCUACUCAAGAGACAAACGGAGCCUUCAAUUCAUUUAAGCGAUCGAUCUAUGAAAAUGUUUGAAUCAAAAUGGCGUGAUAUUGGAGAAAAUGUGGUUAUAUGUAAACAUGACACAUCCCCGGUAAGGGAAGAAAGUGAUGACCUUGACUAUGAUAACAAAGGUCAUCACAAUGAAGGUCAAGGUUAUAAAACGAGUAAUAAUUUAAGGCCAAAAUCAUCGCAACCUUCGGCGAAUAGGGGUCAUAGAUCUCUCGGAUCAGCCACUGGACAAAAGUUUUACAAACAGUCGCUUUCGAUGCAUGAAUCAGGAAUGGGCGAACAAGAUUCACAGUUUACGUGGGAGGGGAAAAAGGUUCGCAAGUCCUACGGAAAGUCUCAUCCACUCGCAAAACUUGAAAACAGACAAUCAGAGGCACGAAAAAAUCCUUUUUACAACACUAUGUAAUAAUUUUUAUGACCGCAAAUUACAACUUUACUUUGUAUUUCUACCUUACAGGAACUAUAUAGUUUUAAUGAACAUGUACAUGUACUUAUGUAAUGCAUUAAUAUAUAAUGUUGAAGUCUUUAUGACAAUGACUCAUCAAAAUAUUACCUCAAGGAUAACCUUAAGGACUUAAGGACAUACCAUAUAAAAAUAAUUGCAUUAUACCCAGUCUUUAAAAGGUGACCUAAGUAUUUUCUCUAUAAUUAAUAUGAUGUUACUUGAUACUUUUUGAUUGGUGGAUUUAUCAACAUGUUUUCACUUACUUAACUUACAGUUGUUGUUUUUUCUGAUUUAUUUUUAACAUAGAUAAAUAUGUUAACUGAAAUAUAUAUAGUAAUUGAAUUACAAAAUACCAAAUAACUUACUUAACUUACAGUUAUAAUUAAAAAAAUCUAGACUAAACGCAAAUAUUUGUUUGUGGUAUGUCUCCACUUUGACGUAUUUCAUUUGACAAUAAUUUUGUUAAGUUUGUUUAAAUAUUGUUAAGUUUUGUGCUUACAGUUUACUUAUUUAAUAUCCGAGGCAUGAUCUGGCAAACGUCCUGUGUCAUAUCACUUUAGAAAUUAAAUCAUUAAUUUAAAAAGUAUACACAAUAAUUUUUUUGGGGUUAUACAUGUCGGGAAGAAAAUCCAACAUGUAUGUGAACUUAAAUGAUAAAAAAUCUUACAGCCUAUCUUUAAACAAGAAUAUAAGUUAUAAAUGAACUUGACAUUAUUAGAAUACUACAACUAUAAUUAUCACGGCUUCUUAAAACUGACAAUUUGCCGGUCUGGACCGAUUUUGACAACACCAGACGGAUUACAGUAACAGAAAAUGAAAAAAAAUCUGAAAGGUCUGAAAUUUGUUCAUUUUGUUUUAUAAUUUCGGUCCAAAACUUUAAUAAAUAUGUAAAAAUUGUAAAACUCAAACCUAUUUUGUCAUUCACACAUCCCCCAAUAAAAGUUACAGGACUGGAAAUUAUAUAUAUAUAUUUAUAUAAGUGAAAACAUUUGUUCCUGCAUUUAUGAUAUAUUAAAAAUACAUUUCGAAAAGCCCCAACUUGAAAUACAUAAUACAGAUUUUUAAGAAAUGGUAUAUAGUAUUUCAGAUGUACAUGUACACUUGAUUUUACAAAAUUAUGUAGAUUUCUUUUGUAUAUGUCUCUGUUAAGUUGGGUUCUCAAUAAAUUGAAUUAAUGUCUUGACUAAGCAUUAAAGUGCACAUAUAUGUUGAAUAUUUCCUUUCAUUUAUGUGCUAGAUCUCGGUAUUUAUCAUCAUGAUGCAUUAUAAAGAGAACAUUCCAUGAAUGUAACUAUGACGAUGUUCUCUGUUUAACAUUUUGAUGUAUUCGUCAUUGUGGUAGUUGAGCAGUAAUGAUACUUUUGUGACCUGCCUCCAUCAAAGGGGAGGUUUUUGUACCAGUUUAUUGUAAUUUUCCCUAAACUCAGUGCCCUUGAUGUUCGUAAAGGUUAACAAUAUUUGUAAAAGUAGAAAUAAAUUGUUUCGUUUUUUUGUUGUUUUUUUCCGAAAAAUAUAAUGUGAGAUCAUUCAAAAAAUCCUGUAACAAAUUUUUCCAAUUGUGAGAUCAUGUUUAAUCAUUUAUAAGUAUAUAUAGGAGUCAUUCCAGUUUCGCACAGAUUUUUAUUUUUCCCCUGACAGAGGGUUUCACUGUUUCAGAGAAAAGUAAUGGUAUAAUGUCACCCUGUUUAAUAUUUAUAUUGGGUCGAUUGUUCAGAAAAUUGUUUAAUUUAAAAACAUUGUUAACUGGAUCAUUGUUAACUUUCAAAUCUUUAAUACUCUGAAAGUUUCAUAGACAAACAUGUGGUCUCCAGUACUUUAUACAAAAAUUUAGACAGCUGAUUUAGCUAAGAUUAUUUUACUUAUUAAGUAUAUCAGCCCUUCAUGAAAUAUUCCACCUUUGAAAGUUAACAAUGGUGCCGUUAACAUUGUUGUGAACUUUAACACAGUUCUGAACAAUCAGCCCAAUGUCACAUGAUGUCAUUUCUGUUUGAUAUGCUGGUCUUUCAUUAUAUGAAAUAUGAAAAUUGUUACAUCUUUUUCAGUUAUAUAUCUUUAAUCAUGUGUUGCCAGUGAUGAAAUGUUGUCUUGUCUGAAUGUUCAAGUAUUCGUUAAAAUUAGAUAUAUUGUACGUUUCUUAUGUAGUUACUUUAGUCUUUCACUUAAACAUGAUAUUAGAAUAUAUAUACAUUAAGACUUAACCCCUGUUAUGGUAAAUCGUACAUAUUAUCCAACCACAUAUUUAAGUUUAAACGAUUUAAGAUUAUAACAUGCAGACAUUUUUACACUUGGAUAAGUUGUCCGGAGGUGAUCUUUAGGGUAGUUGGCACGUUUUUAUGCCCCCGAAGGUGGGCAUAUUAAAAUCGCACCGUCCGUGUGUCCGGCUCAAUAACUCGUGUCCGGGCUGUAACUUUCCCUUGUAUGGACAGAUUUUAAAAUAACUUGCCACAUGUGUUCCACAUACCAAGACGACGUGUCACGUGCACGACCCGUGCCCCUACCUCAAAGGUCAAGGUCACACUUAGUCUUUAUUCACAAUGGAGUGCUGCAUAUAGGACAUAGAGCAUAGGUUGUCAUGUCUGGGCUGUAACUUUCCCUUGUAUGGACAGAUUUUAAAAUAACUUGCCACAUGUGUUCCACAUACCAAGACGACGUGUCGCGUGCAAGACCCGUGCCCCUACCUCAAAGGUCAAGGUCACACUUAGUGUUUAUUCACAAUGGAGUGCUGCAUAUAGGACAUAGAGUAUAGGUUGUCGUGUCCGGGCUGUUACUUUCCCAUGUAUAGACAGAUUUUAAAAUAACUUGCCACAUGUGUUCCACAUACCAAGACAACGUGUCGCGUGCAAGACCCGUGUCCCUACCUCAAAGGUCAAGGUCACACUUAGUCUUUAUUCACAAUGGAGUGCUGCAUAUAGGACAUAGAGUAUAGGUUGUCGUGUCUGGGCUGUAACUUUCCCUUGUAUGGACAGAUUUUAAAAUAACUUGCCACAUGUGUUCCACAUACCAAGACAACGUGUCACGUGCAAGACCCGUGCCCCUACCUCAAAGGUCAAGGUCACACUUUGGUGUUUAUUCACAAUGGAAUGCUGCAUAUAUAAGGAGAUAACAGUGUCGGUUGUCAACUAUGGGUGGUAUUUUUUAUGUUUAGAGGCAAUUUAAAAUAUCUUGCCAUAUGUAUUUGAAAGGCAAGAUCAACUUUUCAUGUACUGACCUUGUUCAUAGGUCAAUGUCACAAUCGGGGGCAUUCGUCACAUACUGUGACAGCUCUUGUUAAAUGAUAUGAUUGGUUAGUUAUAUUCAUCUAAUAAAUAUAUUGUCCUAUCAAUAAAAAAGUUGGCUAACAAUUAUUAAUCCCAAAAAAUAGCUAUUUCAUGCAAUUGGUUGCAUUUGGGUGAAGCUAUGGCAAUUUUAAUUUUAUAGCAGCUGUGGGUUCAAGGACAUUAACUGGCCCCAUUACCCUACAAAUUUUCACCAGUAUUGCAAUUUUGGGAUUUAACUUUCAUUCUCUUUUGCAACUGGUAUAAUGCAUCUGCUGAUUUCCUAAGUGCCAGCUACCCCCAUUAGUUAAUUUACUUGAAUGCGAAAUUUUGACAGCAAGUUGUGUUGUAAUCAAAGAAAAGUUAAGUACAAGUAUUUGGAAUUUAAUGUUCAUUUUCUAUCUUAAAUUAUUUAAGUUAAAUAUGAGUAUUUGAAUCAUAACAUUGAUUUUCUCUCGUAAAUAUUAGUUUUUGAAUCAUAACAUUUUCUAUCUCAGUUAAUUUUUAUAAGUUUGUAAAUUAUAUUGUUUUGUAUCUGUAUGUUUUUAUUUAUAAAAUGACAUGCAUUUAUUGUUAGUUGCUGAAAGUCCUGCUUAAUAUGUUCAUGAGCAGAAAACAUCAUCUAGUAAUAGAGUAAUACAUUUGCUAUAUUUGCAACAUCAGUAGAAAAUGCAUUUAAAUAUACUUUUUGGUUUUGACCAAAUUACCAGUCUUCCUUUACUUAAGUAGUUUUCAUACAUGUUCAUGUGCUGCUGUUUUGAAUGGCCUACUGUAGAAGUGAGAUGCUGAGCCCCAUGGCUAAUUUAGGAGGGGUCUCAAGUCGGACUAUAGACUCAGACACACACUUUCUUGUGAAUAAAUGUUUGAAUGAUAAAUACUACUGAAAAAGUAACUGUGCGUGUUAAGACAUUUGUCAAAAAUGAUUUUAAAAUGUUCGGGGCCGUUUCAAUAAAGGAGUUGAGUCAAACGUUCAGGGGGCCGUUUCAAUGUAGGAGUUGAGUCAAACGUUCAGGGGGCCGUUUCAAUGUAGGAGUUGAGUCAAACGUUCAGGGGGCUGUUUCAAUGUAGGAGUCGAGUCAAACGUUCAGGGGGCCGUUUCAAUGUAGGAGUCGAGUCAAACGUUCAGGGGGCCGUUUCAAUGUAGGAGUCGAUUCAGGGGGCCGUUUCAAUGUAGGAGUUGAGUCAAACGUUCAGGGGGCCGUUUCAAUGUAGGAGUCGAGUAUAACGUUCAGGGGGCCGUUUCAAUGUAGGAGUCGAGUCAAACGUUCAGGGGGCCGUUUCAAUGUAGGAGUCGAGUCAAACGUUCAGGGGGCCGUUUCAAUGUAGGAGUCGAGUCAAACGUUCAGGGGGCCGUUUCAAUGUAGGAGUCGAGUCAAACGUUCAGGGGGCCGUUUCAAUGUAGGAGUCGAGUCAAACGUUCAGGGGGCCGUUUCAAUGUAGGAGUCGAGUCAAACGUUCAGGGGGCCGUUUCAAUGUAGGAGUCGAGUCAAACGUUCAGGGGGCCGUUUCAAUGUAGGAGUCGAGUCAAACGUUCAGGGGGCCGUUUCAAUGUAGGAGUCGAGUCAAACGUUCAGGGGGCCGUUUCAAUGUAGGAGUCGAGUCAAACGUUCAGGGGGCCGUUUCAAUGUAGGAGUCGAGUCAAACGUUCAGGGGGCCGUUUCAAUGUAGGAGUCGAGUCAAACGUUCAGGGGGCCGUUUCAAUGUAGGAGUCGAGUCAAACAUUCAGGGGGCCGUUUCAAUGUAGGAGUCGAGUCAAACGUUCAGGGGGCCGUUUCAAUGUAGGAGUCGAGUCAAACGUUCAGGGGGCCGUUUCAAUGUAGGAGUCGAGUCAAACGUUCAGGGGGCCGUUUCAAUGUAGGAGUCGAGUCAAACGUUCAGGGGGCCGUUCCAAUAAAGGAUUUUAGUCAUAACUUCAAUUAUCUUAAAUCUGCAUAAACACAGCAAAUGGCAAUACAUUCAUUUUUCAUUCCUCAACUUUGUUGUAAUACUGGCUGAAGUUCAUUUCAUACAAAUAUGUAGCAUUAUACUGAAACUAGGGCACAAAGAUAAUUUCAAUUUAUAACUAAAAUCGACUAAAAUCUUUAUUGAAACAGCCCCCAGUUCAACUCAAUUUUCUAACACUGCAAUGCUUCUAUGAUACCAAUGGGCAUUGUCUUAUUUUAUAUAACUUUAUUGAUAUAUCAUAAAAUCACUUUUCCAGCUGCUAUUUCUAGGGUUAUUUAAAAACCUGCAUAUUUUUACAUGCACAGUUACUUUAUUCUGUUCUAUUAUACAUUAUACAAAAUCUGACAAUAAUAGUGACACUUGUGUUAAUACAUUCACCAAGGGGCCUUUUUUUGUCAAGAAUCCAAGAAAUGACUUUGUACCUGAAAAAGCAAUUUACUGUUAAAAACCACUCCUUGUUACAAAAUAACUCGUAGGAUUUUAUGAAACUGCUCCCUAUACCACAAUUUACUGUAUCAGUGCUUUCCCUAAUGAAAAUUUACUAUAAGUAAGAAUUUCAAUUUUGUGUUAUUAGUCUGAACUCGCUACUUGAGACCUUCCCAAAAAUUGGGCCCUCGUUUUCUCCUGCCUUCUUGCUCAUAAUAUGUUUUGUUGUUUGUUACUGUUGUAAAAAUAUCUCUGUUAAGUAACUUACUGUAAUAAUAUGAAAGUGCAAUCAUUCUUUUUGUCACUGUACGGACAUUGUACUGACAUAAUAUCAAUAAAUGAUAUUUUAAUAAUUUUUAAA